AUGCUGCGGAGGAUGCGAAGUUUGUGCUGGUUGCUGCUGCCGCUGGUUGCGGGAAUCCAUCCAGAAUGCAAGAUAUUCCAGCAGGUGGUGAAAGAGGAGGCACUCUGCUUAGAAAGCAACGAAUCUGUUUCACCUGGUCUUAAAGGAUGCUCCAGAGAUUGGGAUGGUCUAAGCUGUUGGCCCAGAGCUGCUUUGGGGGAAAUAGUUAAAAUUCCUUGUCCGAGAUUUUUUGAAGAAAUCACCAAUAUCCAUGGCUUCCUUCAGAGAAACUGCACACAGGAGGCGUAUUGGUCAGAACCAUUCCCAUCAUAUGCUGUUGCCUGUGGAUUUGAUGAAAGUUCCAGCAGAGGGCCUGAGGAUCAGAAAUCAUAUUAUUCUGCAUUUUGGCGUGUCUACACUGCUGGCUAUGCAGCAUCAGUGACUUCACUCAUUACAGCUCUAAUUGUCUUUGCUGCCUUCAGAAAAUUCCAUUGUACACGGAAUUACAUCCACAUGCACCUGUUUGUCUCCUUUAUCCUGAGAGCAAUUGCUGUUUUCACCAAAGAUGCCGUUUUGUUUGCAGAUGAAACCAUGGACCACUGCCUGAUGUCAACGGUAGCUUGUAAGGCUGCAGUGGCAUUCUUCCAGUUCAGCAUUUUAGCCAAUUUCUUCUGGCUUCUUAUUGAAGGAAUAUACCUUCAGACACUCCUUUUGCUGACCUUUGUUUCAGACAAGCAAUACGUGUGGUGGUUCAUCUUUGCUGGCUGGGGAGCUCCCACUGCUGUGAUGCUUACUUGGGUCCUCACAAGACUCCAUCAACAAAAUACAGGGUGUUGGGAUGAUGAUGAAAAUGGAGUGGUGUUAUGGAUCAUCAAGGGUCCCAUUCUGUUAACUGUAUUGAUUAACUUUAUUAUAUUCAUUAAUGUCAUCAGAAUUCUAGUCCAUAAAUUGAAAUCUCAAGAAGGAGGGGGGAGCAAUUCAAGUCACUUUGUGAGACUUGCUAAAUCUACGUUACUCUUGAUCCCACUCUUUGGAGUGCACUACAUUGUAUUUGCGUUUUUCCCAGAAAGCACUGGUCUGGAAGCUCGGCUUUACAUUGAGCUAGGCUUGGGUUCCUUUCAGGGCUUUGUUGUUGCACUUCUAUAUUGCUUCUCAAAUGCAGAGGUUCAAAGUGAACUCAAGAAGCAGCUGUGCAAAUGGCGGUAUCAAGAAUACCUGAGCUUCACACACAAACAUGGGACUGUGUCCAGAGAAAACAGUCCAGUCAAUCAUGUCACUCAGUUAUCACUGCUUGAAAAAAUCAGUCCAAAAAUGAAAACAUCUGCGUACCAGAACGGUGUAACUUCUGUCUGA